GAGAGUUCUCCUCGUAGAGUAAACGAGAGUCGCCAUUUAGCAACGUGAGAGAGACGCGUGUUUUCGUGAUGCUAGACGCUUCUAAGUAGUGGUUCCGUAGGAACAAACGCGCGGCCGCGACGUCCCCGGAAUCGUCGACAGAAAAAAACAGAAGAAAAACAAUCUGUCCGCCGGUGAUCUUGAUCGUAUUCGUGUUUUUUUUUCUGUGUCACGGGUCCCGGAGAAGUGACUCCCUCGUUCUAAACGGACACGCGUGCACACAGGCGCACAGGCGAGCGUGUAGCAACGCACACACGGGCACUCACGCACUCACGCAUCGUUGCCUGUUCACGGACAAUGGGCAAGGACGAUCGUUUCAGUUUCUCCCGACACGUUGUUUGUUUACCUGAUCGAACGACGCAGCUGCAACGAAACGCGACGACGUGCCGUCGCCGAUUCCAGUUCGACGAUUAAUUCGUCGCGGAACUACCGUCAGCCACGUCUCGAACGCGACGGGUCUCGCGGGUUUAUCGCGGUGACCGUAUUUUUCGCAAGCCCGAUAACGAGAACGUGUUCAGUGUUUCUAGUUUCGAGGAGGAAAAAAGAAGUGUUGCUGGGAAAGAAGAAUCCUUUUGUUUGACGGAAUUGUAACUUUUAUCGUGGACAAUCGUGCAUCGUUAGAUCACAGUCAUCGUGACACGCGUUUCGAGAAAGAAACGCGAAUAGAUUCGUCUCGCUGUCGGACGCGUCCACGUAAACGCGCUCGCCGAUUCGUUCCGCGUCGAGCGUGAGUCGCCGGCAAGAAAUCGACGGAAUCGUUCGCCGGGUAUCGGUUCUGUGAUUUUUAGUUCGUGACGUUCGCGGGUGGCAGCCUCGAGGAAAACCUCGGGGAACGGACUGGAACAAAUAAUCGGUUUCCCCUGAAUCGUUAAUGCACUUUCUCGCACUUCGGACCACACGCCGGACGAAUUUCACUUUCGACGAAAUUGUCUCGCGUUUUUUCCCUACCGUUUUCCAUUAGGGAAGAUCGUCCUCGAUGAUCGAACGUUAUUUUCUAGAAAGGACCGCGCUGUUUGUCGUGCCGUGUGAAAGGUAAAUUGUCCGGAGGUAAAUGAAAGAUGCUCGAAGAAGUUGCAUUGUAGACGAGGGACUCGUGUUCGGACACGUGUGUGUUUAUGUGUGAGUGUAUGGGUGCGCGGUAAUGAAUUACGCGUAAACGCCACACGCGGCGUUCGUGACGCAAUGAUCCUUGGAAAUACAAUUCAUUUUUCCUUCUUUUUUUCCUUUAAAUGUGCCGUCGGUGCUUGUGGAAAAAUUGUUACGUAAAACGGAAAGAUAAUCGUCGUGCUGCCCGAGGAAGGAUACAUCGAUGAUUUCACGUGCACGCUCAGGAUUUUCUGGUCAUUUUUUCCCCCUCCGAGUGAAUGGUUACUUUUUGCACCUCUUACGAAAAUAUUACGUUUAUCGAUGUGUGCCAUCUUAAUUAGCAAGUUGUUAAUUUCAAAGGAAAUCAGAAGAUCACGUUAACUGGUUAUGCCACAAUGAAGAUUUCUCACACUUUAAUGGUGUUUCCUGAAAUCAUGUUGAGGACAGAGUUAUAUUCUACACAGUGUAUGAAAUCAUUCAGAGUUUCUAUUCUUCGUUGACUGUAUACAGUAAUUGUAAAUUCCCCUGUAAAAUGAAUGAUGCUGGUGUGAUAGUGUCAAGCGGCCACCGCUGCUUGCACAGAGGAUUAAAAAAGUAUCCUAGUAUUGAUCAUAAAAUAUGGGAUCCGAGUAGUAGAUGGAUUCUUCAGUGGGAUAACAUUGUGAAGCACCCAGGUGCUAGAGCAAGAGGAUGCCAUUGUGACAUUCAUAAGCCGCCAUGGCUCUAUCCAGACUUAGUUGGAAAGAGCACGGAUGAGACGGAUAGAGCUAUUAAAUCAGCUCCCGUGAAGAGGUCAACUAUUCCUCCAAAAAGGGGACAAUUUGGUCCUGCAAAAGCUCCUCCCUCUGCUAUAGCUCAACCUGGUAAUACUCUGCAAACGGUUCCAAGGGCAGCAACCGUGAAAAGAAACGUAUCAAUAAAAUCAGCAGCAGGUCAGGCCGGUGCAGUCGAUGAGGAAACUUUCCUCACAGCGUUCGAAGAUGUGCCAUCUGUCAACUUGUUUUCAGCGAAGGAUCUUGAUGAACAGAUGAAAGUCAUUAAAGAAAAUGUUGGCGACGACAAGAAAGAUUGGAAACAGAGGACAGAGAGUAUGAAAAAAUUGCGAUCGAUUGUCAUUGCGGGUGGUAUAAACUACGAGAACUUCAUCGAAUGUUUGAAGAGCAUGCAGAGAUCAUUCGAGGUCGCGUGUACGGACCUCAGGUCGCAAGUUGUCAGGGAAGCGUGUAUUACUUUAGCGUUUCUUAGUCAACACUUGAAAAAUAAGUUCGCCAGCUUUGGAGAGGCAGUCUUACUCACCUUAAUGAACCUCAUACAAAAUAGUGCCAAGGUUGUGGCAACAGCUGGUGCUGUGGCUGUGAGGUUCAUUCUACAAAACACACACUGCAAUCGUUACGUGCCAAUUAUCACGUCGUGUUUAAGUAACAAAAGUAAAGACAUACGUCGAGCAUCGUGCGAGUAUCUGAAUCUAAUUCUGCAAACGUGGCCUACCCAGAUAUUACAGAAACAUGUACAGAUAUUACAAGACACUAUCAAAAAGGGUAUCGCGGAUUCGGAUUCGGAAGCAAGAGCUUUCGCCAGGAAGUCGUAUUGGGCAUUCAAAGAUCAUUUCCCAGAGCAAGCGGAAGCGUUGCUCAACAGUCUUGACACUGCGUACAAACGUUCUUUAAUGUCUCUUAGCAAUAGUGGUAGUAUUAACAGUUUGAAUGUAGUAACAAGAUCGGCGAGUGUCAGUCCUAGGACAGCCAGACCAGCGAUGAGUGCCACAGAUCGUGGCACGCCGGGAGUUAGAUCUACCAGCGCCAUAGAUCUGCAAGCCGCACAAAGAGCGAAAGCGAGGAUGAUGUAUGCAAACAUUAGUAGGCAGAAAGCGUCCCUCCCACGUCCCAGUAAAUCACCAGACACCACAGCGGUGGCUAGUCCAGAAAGAACCGCAAGAACGAGAACGAGAAUGUCCGGAGUGUCGCAAUCUCAGCCCAGCAGUCGGUCGGGAUCACCGUCAUCUAGACUGAGUUACGCUACGUAUAAUCGCGAAGGAGAAUCCUUGAUCGCAAGACCGAGGCGGUUAUCUGGACAUGGAAUCAGAAGCACUGGCAACAGCCGUGAACCUAGCCCACAAAGGUUUGGAAUGGAUAGGAGUUUCGCUAGUAAAAUACGAGGAAGAAGCUUACACAUGUCUCCGACGGACAGACCUCAGUCUAGACCGGUCAUGGCACAGAAAAUGCUUCAACAAUCGCGUGAAGCGGAAUCGGCACUGGCGGAUGCGCUCACCUUUGAUAAUAUCGAUAGUUACACGAGAACGCCAAGGGGUAAAGGUGAUCAUAGUGACGACAGUGAAACCAGCAGUAUAUGUUCUGAAAGGAGUAUGGACAGCUUCAGACGACCGAAUGACUCGUUCUCAUGGAGUGGCUCCCAGCAAAGACUGUACCGUGAUAUGUGGGAUCAGUCUAUCCCGAAGGAUAUUAAGGAAAUUAUUGAAAAUUGUGCGCAUAAACAUUGGGGAGACAGGAAAGAGGGUUUGGUAGGCUUGCAACAUUUCCUUUCGAACGGGAACACGCUCACGGCGACGGAGUUGCGCAAGGUGACAGAUAUUUUCACCAAAAUGUUCAUGGACUCCCAUACAAAGGUCUUCAGUUUAUUUCUGGACACACUGAAUGAACUGGUCGCCACUCACAGCGAAGAUCUCGGCGACUGGCUUUAUGUCCUGUGCGCGAGGCUCUUGAAUAAAUUAGGUACCGAUCUGCUUGGAUCGAUCCAGGCGAAAAUUCACAAGACACUCGAUGUCGUCAGAGAAUGUUUCCCAGGAGAACAGCUACUGCCCGCGGUGAUGAGAUAUCUCACAGAUCCAACGCAAACUCCGAAUUCCCGCGUGAAGAUAGCUACCCUCACGUUCAUCACGCAAAUAGCGGAAACGGCAGAACCGUCCGCGUUAAUUAAUUCCGCGGGGACAGCACUCGCAAGGUUACUCGAUUGGUCCAACGACGUUAAAAGUCAAGACGUCAGGAGACAUGCACAAAACGCCGUAAUAUCACUGUACAAUUUAAACCCCCCGAAAGUGACCAUGAUAUUAUCCGAAUUACCUAAGUAUUAUCAGGAAGCUGCAUUGCCACUGGUACAGAAUCACCUGAGAAAAUCCUCGGGUUCCAGUAAUCCAGCGUCGCCUGGCACUCCACCUCCCAGAGCACAAAGUUCACCGGCCCGUUCGAAGGUUAAAGAAGAGCUGUUGGUUAAAAUAGACAACGCUGACGAGAAUUUGGAAGAAGUUUAUAAUAUUCCCCACAGGUCGUUAAGGCGCACCACUGCGGAAAUUCAGAACUAUGGUUUCGAGCGUUUGGAGAGAGCAACCACCAGCAAAGAUAGCGGCAUCAGCAAUAUGGCCGACGUGGAAGAAAAAAUGGAAGGUCUCACGUUAUGUAAUUCGGGUCGUUCUUCCUCCGUUUCAUCGCCCACUCAAAGAGGACGGUCAGUCACGAACAUCACCGUUAAUGGAUCGAGUGAUACGAUCGCAGGAGAUCUCAUACUACCUCAAGAAAAUAAUGGCUACAAAGCGCAUACAGGGUCUUCGCCUGAUUCGUCAAAAAGGCCGGAAGUCUUAGAUAAUAUGAUUAAAACGCUACAGUCGAAGAUGACCCAGAUCGAAGAAAAAGUAUUAGCUCUACAAGAGUUCCAAUUAUACGUUCGAGAAGGAGAUCCCGCGUACAUCAAACAGCAUUUCAAAAAAUUGCUCAAAACACUGUUAGACAGUUUAACUAACGAUAGCAAGAAAAUGCAAGGAGAAGUACUUCAAACGCUGAUUGACAUGCUGAAGUGUCCUGAACUCGUGGACAGUUUUUCCGUUUACCCCGAGCUGCUUGUUCUAAAAGUAAUUAAUGCGUACAAAUUGGACGAUCAAAAACAAGAUUCUUCCGGUAGCAGCAGUAACACGAGAUCUCCCGUUCACUGGAUGGCAGAGAAAUGCGCUGCGACAAUAGCGAUGGUUCUCAAGCCGGAGCAGAUCAUUCAUUUAGUCUCAACUAUAAUCACCACAGAACCGUAUCCUUUGAAUAUGGGGGCGAUAAAAAUGUUGCACAAAGUAGUGGAACACUGGGGUCGGGAUGCGAUAGAACCUCAUCUAUCCAAAGUUAUGCCCGGUCUUAUUAAGGCUUAUGACGAUAACGAGAGUGCGGUACGCAAGAGCGCCGUCUUCUGCAUGGUAGCGAUACACUUGGCAGUCGGCGAGGAGGUAUUGAAGCCGCAUUUGAGCUGUUUGUACACCAGCAAGUUGAAGCUUUUGAACAUUUAUAUACAACGUGCGCAACAGGCGAACAGUCAACCGGCAAGUCCGCGUAGCAAUAGCAAGAAUUAACUAACGUCAAACUCCGCGACACUCAGGAUCGCGAUACUUAAGAGAUUCGCUCGUCUGAGUGCGAGGCAUGAACGAAUGCUGGUUAGCUUUCUCAGUAAGUCCAAUCCGUGAGAAACCGUAAACACGACAAAGUCGGAAGCUUCUCGUUACGAAUAUUAUAGACUGAUCUUGUACGGCGUUAUGGCAAGAUGGUUUUGCGCGUGUGCGACAUGGCUGAACUCCUGACAGUGAUGUUGCACGACAAAGCAGUCGGUCGGUGUGCAUGUUCCGCGGGGGCCCGUUGUUUUGUUUGCCAAAAAGAAAAAGAAAGAAUUUAUACAUGUUGCAACGUAUAAGAGUUUCAGAUUCGUUUCGUCCUUUCGUUUCUCUUGUA